CUGCACUUCUUUACUUGGGCUGAUACAGCAAUUCGGCUCUCUCUCUCUCUCUCUCUCUCUCUUUCUCUCUCCGCAAUGCCAUGCGCCAUGGAAGAACUGGCAUAUCGUCAGUCUCCUCUCCUCUGCUCAGAAACCCAUCAAUCCACUUGGGUAACAUCCUACUUAUCGCCUCUCUCACCAAAACCCUCUCAGAAUCCGGAACUAGAAACCUCGACCCCAACUCCAUCCCCAUAUCCGAGCCUCUGGUCACCCAAAUCCUCCGCAAACAUUCCCUCGAACCCUCAAAGAAGCUCGACUUCUUUAAUUGGUGUCGCUCUGUUAAACCAAACUUUAAACACUCGGCAGUCACUUACUCGCACAUUUUCCGGACCCUUUGUCGAUCUGGGUUCGUUGAGGAGGUCCCUAAUUUGCUGUUUGCAAUGAAGGAAGAUGGUGUUCUUGUUGAUUCUGAUACUUUUAAGUUCCUGCUCGAUGCUUUUAUUCGGUCCGGUAAGUUUGAUUCUGCCCUUCAAAUUCUUGAUUAUAUGGAAGAAUUGGGUGCUGGCUUGAAUCUUAGUGUCUAUGAUUCGGUUCUCGUGGCUUUAAUUAGAAAAGACCAAGUGGGUUUAGCUUUAUCUUUAUUUUUUAAGCUUUUAGAAGCUUGUAAUGGCAAUGGUGAUGGGAAUUCUGUUGAUAGUUCACUUCCAGGUUCCAUUGCAAUUAAUGAGUUGUUAGUUGCUCUUAGAAAAGCUGAUAUGAGAAGAGAAUUCAAACAAGUUUUUGAUAUAUUGAGGGAAAAAAGGGAGUUUGAAUUUGAUACAUGUGGUUAUAAUAUAUGCAUUCAUUCUUUUGGGUGUUGGGGUGAUUUGGGUGCUUCUUUGAGGCUCUUUAAAGAGAUGAAGGAAAAGGAAAAGAGUUCUGGGUCCUUUGGUCCAGAUUUGUGUACCUAUAACAGUCUCAUCCAAGUGCUUUGCUUGGUUGGGAAGGUUAAAGAUGCUUUAGUUGUGUGGGAGGAAUUAAAAGUGUCUGGUCAUGAGCCAGAUGCGUUUACUUACAGAAUUCUUAUUCAAGGGUGCUCGAAAUCGUACAGAAUGGAUGAUGCAACGAAGAUAUUUAAUGAAAUGCAGUAUAAUGGGUUUGCUCUGGAUACAGUUGUGUAUAAUUCUCUUCUAAAUGGAUUGUUCAAGGCCAGGAAGGUGAUGGAAGCAUGUCAGUUUUUCGAGAAAAUGGUUCAGGAUGGUGUAAGGGCCUCAUGUUGGACUUACAAUAUUCUGAUUGAUGGGUUGUUUAGGAAUGGCAGGGCUGAAGCUGCUUACACUCUGUUUUGUGAUUUAAAGAAGAAAGGGCAGUUUGUGGAUGGUAUCACUUACAGCAUUGUUAUGUUGCAACUUUGUAGAGAAGGUCAGCUUGGGGAAGCACUACAGUUGGUGGAAGAGAUGGAAGCCAGAGGUUUUAUUGUUGAUUUAGUUACUAUAACAUCACUCUUGAUAGGAUUUCAUAAACAAGGUUGGUGGGAUUGGACAGAGAGGCUAAUGAAGCAUAUUCGUGAUGGUAAUCUAGUGCCAAAUGUUCUCAAGUGGAAAGCCAAUAUGGAGGCUUCAAUGAAAACUCCACCUAAAAACAGAAAGGAUUAUACUCCUCUAUUCCCGUCCAAAGGAGAUUUUAGGGAGAUCAUGAAUUUACUUGGUUCUGCUGGCCAAGCAAUGGGCACUAAACUUGUUUCAGAAGAUUGUGAUGAAAAGGAUCAGGAGAAGUCAUCCAUUGACACUGAUCAGUGGUCAUCAUCCCCAUAUAUGGAUCAAUUAGCCAAUCAACUAAAGUCAACUGAACGUUCUUCUCAGUUGUUUUCACUGAUUAGGGGCCAAAGAGUUCAAGAAAAGGGGAUAGGUUCUUUUGAUGUUGAUAUGGUGAAUACUUUCUUAUCCAUCUUUUUAGCCAAGGGAAAACUGAGCUUAGCCUGCAAGUUGUUUGAAAUAUUCACUGAUAUGGGCGUUGAUCCUGUUAGUUACACAUACAACUCUAUUAUGAGCUCGUUUGUCAAGAAGGGCUAUUUCAAUGAGGCAUGGGCUGUCCUGAACCAAAUGGAUGAGAGGGUCUGCCCUGCGGACAUAGCAACCUAUAAUCUGAUAAUUCAAGGCCUGGGGAAGAUGGGAAGAGCAGAUAUUGCAAGCUCAGUUCUGGAUAAAUUAAUGAAGCAGGGCGGUUAUCUUGAUGUAGUUAUGUAUAACACCCUGAUCAAUGCACUGGGAAAGGCUGGUCGCGUUGAUGAAGCAAGCAAACUUUUUGAACAGAUGAGGACUAGUGGGAUAAACCCUGAUGUUAUCACAUACAACACACUUAUCGAAGUCCAUACCAAGGCAGGUCAAUUACAGGAUGCAUACAAAUUUCUAAAAACGAUGCUGGAUGCGGGCUGUUCUCCAAACCAUGUUACAGAUACCAUUUUGGAUAAUCUCGGAAAGGAAAUCGAGAAAAUGAGGCUGCAAAAGGCAUCAAUGGUGCGCACUGAUAAUGGGGAUGGAACUUGAAGAAGAGUCUUUGAGUGGAAAUCAAGAAACAAUCGACAACCGCUGAAUUGGUGGCCACAAGUAGUCACCAUGAAGCUGGGCUGUUAUCAGAACUGGUAGUAAUUUAUCAGAGUUUAGAUUCAUUUUAGUUGCAUUGCACUAAUCCAAAUGCAGAAUUUAUUUUUUAUUAGAUGAAUUACAAUUCCGAGUUUGGAUUU